UCUCCAUCGACGAGUUCAUCACAAACCGUAAUACAAAGAACCCUCCUGAGUUAGAUUGGUCCAGUAACGGGUGUACUGCGAGUCCAGAUAAUCCGUUUGGAUUUGACUGUAUGUUCUCGCAUCUCCUACCUCUAUCCUUCUCAUUAUUCCAUUCCCUUUUCCAUAUUUCAUCCAACGAACGCUCCAUCUCUUCUUCUCAUACUAAUACACAUGCUUACAGUCAUAAACUCCUGCUACCGCCACGACUUUGGCUACCGUAACUUCAAGGCGCAAAACCGCUUCGAAGCGAACAAGGCGCGAAUCGACGAUAAUUUCAAAACGGACAUGUUCAAUCAGUGUGCGAAUGAGUCGGCAAAGGGCCCGUGUGAGGCUACUGCUACGCUGUACUAUGAGGCUGUUAAGGCGUUUGGGAGGAGGGAUUUGGAGACGGCGGAAGCAGAAUGAUUGGCAUGAUGCCAUUGUGUAUUUCUUGGUAUUUUCAGAUAAACUAAAGGACUCUAAAAGUGUUUGGUUCUCAGUUUGUUGGUAGACGUGUCUUAUCGAUAAGACGCAGCAUCCUCGGCCAUUUCCCAUCUGGGCGUCGAUCUCCAAGCCCUCGUCAUCCCAUCAAUUGAUCAGGGUCCAAGUCCCUAUUCAAAACCGCUAUUAACCUAGGCCAUAUCCCGUCUUACACCUCCAGAAACCUCGCCAUGUCUCACCCUGAACAUUCUAGUCAUUCCAUCCAAAUCCGACACCCUCGACCGAGGUCAUCCGAAGUCGCAGACCCUGUGAUGCGUCCGCGUGGGCUGAUUCUUG